AUGGCCGUCUCCGAGCUCACUUGCAUCUACUCUGCUCUCAUCCUUCAGGACGAUGAGGUUAUGGUCACGGCCCUGAACAAUGUAAACAUUGCAAGUCUCAUCUGCAAUGUAGGAGUUGGUGGACCUGCCCCAGCAGCUGGUGGUGCUGCCCCAGCUGAGGAGAAGAAGAAAGAGGAAGCAAAAAAAGAAGAGUCCGAGGAGUCUGAUGAUGACAUGGGCUUUGGUCUGUUUGACUAAAUAAAUUUUUCGAAACAUUAAAUAAAAAGCUUAACUUAAAAAAAAAAAAAA